AUGGAUGAGAAAGAAGUGUACCUCAGCAUGGAUAAGCCGGACUUGUACAACCUCGGGUGUGCUCCCCUCACGCUGCUGGCCGCCAAACAGGUUGACGACCUGUGGUCGGUCCUCACGUGGCCGAGACAGCCGCUGCCGGUGCUCGACAUUGGCUGCGGGCCCGGUGACGUCGCCAGGAAGAUUUUAGCUCCGCGGCUGCCACCGGGUACGAAGCUGGUGGCCUGCGACAUCAGCACAAAGAUGCUGGAGUUCUGCAGGCAGCACAACGCGCUGCCAGGCACCAUCACGUACGAGCAGCUGGACGUGGUUGAGCCUGACCUGGAGAACUCCGCCGUGUGGCAGUACGCGCCCUUCGGCAAGGUGUUCUGUCUGCUGCUACUGCAUUGGGUGCCCGACAACAGGCGCGCUGUCCAGAACAUUCACAAGCUGUUGGUGCCUGGAGGAGAGGCUGUCUUCAGCAUAAUAGCUAACAUGGUGUUUUACACAGCGUUUGAAGAAAUGGCGAAAGACUCGCGUUGGGGUCGGUACAUGCAGGACGUGGAUGAGUUCGUUUCUCCGUACCAGCACAGUGAGGACCCAGUGAGCGACUUCUGCCAGCUGCUGCAGAGCGAGGGCUACCAGGUGCUGCACUGUGACGUGGCGCCGCAGGUGCUCUUCUUCCCAAGUGAGAUGCAGCGUAGAGGUGUGGGCAGCGGCGUGCCCGCGCUCAGUGCGCGAACGACCACCGCGGUGCCCCGCUCGCAUUUGCAUCAGCAUCUUGUUCCUGGCUGUGAGGGGGAUAGACUUCUAACCAGCUUGGAAGAACAAGAAGUGUACAUCAGCAUGGAUAAACCGGAGUUGUACAACCUCGGGUGUGUUCCCUUCACGCAACUGGCCGCCAAACACGUUGACGGCCUGUGGUCGGUCCUCACGUGGCCGAGACAGCCGCUGCCGGUGCUCGACAUUGGCUGCGGGCCCGGUGACGUCGCCAGGAAGGUUUUAGCCCCGCGGCUGCCACCGGGAACGAAGCUGGUGGCCUGCGACAUCAGCACAAAGAUGCUGGAGUUCUGCAGGCAGCACAACGCGCUGCCAGGCACCAUCACGUACGAGCAGCUGGACGUGGUUGAGCCCGACCUGGAGAACUCCGCCGUGUGGCAGUACGCGCCCUUCGGCAAGGUGUUCUGUUUGCUGCUGCUGCAUUGGGUCCCCGACAACAGGCGUGCUGUCCAGAACAUUCACAAGCUGUUGGUUUCUGGCGGAGAGGCUGUCUUCAGCGUAAUGGCUAACAUGACUCAUUACACAACGUUUGAAGAAAUGGCGAAAGACUCGCGUUGGGCCCAGUACAUGCAGGACUCGCAGAAGUUCGAAUCUCCGUACCAGCACAGUGAGGACCCAGUGAGCGACUUCCGCCAGCUGCUGCAGAGCGAGGGCUACCAGGUGCUGCACUGCGACGUGGCGCCGCAGGUGCUCUUCUUCCCGAGUGAGAUGCAGCGCAGAGAUUUUCUGAAGUCAGUAUGUCCAUUCCUGAACCGAGUUCCGGAAGACAAGAAGGAUAAUUUCUUAGAUGAUUGGCUACAGCGUAUGGAGAAACUGAAUGGAUUAUCAAAGGACGUUGGAAGCAGUGAAGAGCCGAAAUACUACAUCCACUUUAACAUAAUGGUGGUUAUGGCCAGAAAACUGUAAUUGGGAGUUUUGCACCACCGCUUGAAGAAGAAACAAUAUUCAAUAACGGAAAUGACAAACACAGAGCACAACCCCGGCUAGUCUGUUGUUAAUAGAGAAUUAUAGACAUUCAUAUGUAAUUAUCUUGCCGUAAACUAUCUGUCAGGAAAAGCCUCUCAGGUGUAAAUGGCACAAUAAGAGUAUCCUCAUCUGUACAGUUUUUACGAUACUCCUGCCAAAGAUAUUCCAACUGUGCUAGUGUUCCGUUUUUAAUUACCAGGAUGCCAACAUGACGCUCCUUUGCUCCCUUAAUCCGUUGGCUUCUCGCUCACUUUAUCAUCAGGGGCAUAAAUGAUUCGUUUCGCACCACUGUCGAAAUGAAGAACUACUAAAGGUUUGCUGCUGUAGUAUAAACACCAACAGAAGUGUAAGCAGAAAGCUUACCAGUCGAACGGAGUGAAGUAACCGAACAGAGAGACUACUAAAGGUUUGCACCUUUAGUCGUUCUACAUGUCGACAACGGUGGCGAAAGGAAAUAUAUUGUUAAGAAGAGUUGUAAUUUAUACCUUCACUGGUAUUCACUGACAUAUGCAGCCCAGAUUAUUACGAAAGGGGUUACUAUUGCAUAAUUUAUUCUCAUGGCAAAUUUUGUGACCCCUGCAAUACCAACAAUGCCACAAGCAGAAAGUUUACCCCGCAAAUAGUGUGAACUAAUAGGGCGUGCUGAAAAGUAAUGUCUCCGAUUUUCUAUGUGAAUACUCUUACAACUUUUUAAAUAAUCCAACCUUACGAAGAUAAUGCAUCUCCAUUGUUCAUGCCUACAUAUUUAUUUCUGAACGUAGGCACCCUGGCGAAGAACACAAUUCUUCCAACGAGGGACAUGUUUGUUGAUAUCGUCACUGCAGAAUGUCUGACUUAAGUUGACGGAGCCACGCCCUCACCUCCGGUGGCACCACUUCGUCACUAUCAAACUGAAGUCCUCGAAAGUGUUCUUUAAGGUUUUGAAAGAGCUCAAAAUUGGAUGGAGCCAAGUCGACAUUGUAUCGAGAGCGGUCGUUGACAGCGAACCCAAGACGUCGGAUUGUUGCAGAUGUCGCAGCGCUCGUGUGUGGUCUGGCAUUGUCGUGCUGAAGGACAGGGUGUUCGAUAUGCGGACAAACUCUUGGAAUACGCGCUUUCAGGUUUCUGAGUGUCUCGCAGUACACCGACACUGUUACGUUACACAUCGCCGUGCUGCAUACUAUAUUUUGGAGCACUCUAGCGGCAGAGGGUUGGAACUUACGUCAGCGAUGCGGAAAAGUCUACCGGCUAAUAUCACUGUCAUGUAACAGCCGAUAUUGAAAACAAAAUAAAAAAAAAUUCGGAGGCAUUACUUUUCAACGCGCCCUCGUAAUCGGACAUUGUGGUAUUUGAAAUUAAGGGCCGAUCAGAAAAGCAAUCUUCAGCGAAGCUCUUUGUUGCCCAAUAUUUGAUAUCUAUGCAUAUCUAAAUGUUUUCAGUGUGGGCAGUAGUGGUAUGAAUUUAUUUAGGUUUGUGAUGAAAGUGCCACUAGAAAACUUUAAGUGUUUACAUUUCUAAGAAGAAUAAGCUGGAGAAGUGUCACAAAGGAAAAUGACGUCAAACCUGUGCAUUUACACUAUCGCAAAUAAUGUAAGGUACGAGGGCGAAAGAAAUACUUUACUGAAACUUACUGGCAGAUUAAAUAUGUGUGCCGGACCGAGAAUUGAACUUGGAGCCUUUGCCUUUCGCGGGCAAGUGCUCUACCAACAGAGCUACCCAAGCACGACUAAUGACCCGUCCUCACAGCUUCAGUUCUGCCAGUACCUCGUAUCCUACCUUCCAAACUUCACAGAAGCUCUUCUGUGAACCUUUCAGAACUAGCACUCCUGGUGGUGGUGGUGGUUAGUGUUUAACGUCCCGUCGACAACGAGGUCAUUAGAGACGGAGCGCAAACUCGGGUUAGGGAAGGACUGGGAAGGAAAUCGGCCGUGCCCUUUCAAAGGAACCAUCCCGGCAUUUGUCUGGAACGAUUUAGGGAAAUCACGGAAAACCUAAAUCAGGAUGGCCGGAGACGGGGUUGAACCGUCGUCCUCCCGAAUGCGAGUCCAGUGUGCUAACC